UUGUGAAGUAGCAGAUUUCAAUUCCUGCAGCAAUGGAAAGCGACGUGUUUUCGCGGACUGUCCCGCCCCUGCCGCCUAGAUACAGGUUUAGAGAUCUGAUUUGGGGAGACCAUGCCCUCUCUGAUGAUGACAGAGUGCGUGUGGAGUACUUCACCAAUGAGAAGUCAUUCAAGGAGAGGCUGCAGCUUUACUUUAUUAAGAAUCAAAGAUCCAGUCUGCGCAUUCGUAUUUUUAAUUUGGCCAUCAAGUUAUUGACUUGUGUGCUCUAUGUUGCCAGGGUGAUGACAGAUGACCCGCGAAUGAAUUCAUGUAUUGAUCUCAGUAAUUGUGAUGCCAAUGCCACAAAACAUGUCUAUAUGAUCCCGGAUAUUGAAUUUAGAGAAAAUCCAGUCAUAAAAUGGCAAAACAUUAUCUGGGUGGAGAGACACAAUGUUUUAUGGAUCAUCCAAGUCAGUGUUGCCGUGAUCAGUCUGGCAGAGACGUCCCUUUGUACAGAGGGUAUUAACCCUCUCCCUCCCCCACCCCCAGCUAUUGAUCUCAGUAAUUGUGAUGCCAAUGCCACAAAACAUGUCUAUAUGAUCCCGGAUAUUGAGUUUAGAGAAAAUCCAGUCAUAAAAUGGCAAAACAUUAUCUGGGUGGAGAGACACAAUGUUUUAUGGAUCAUCCAAGUCAGUGUUGCCGUGAUCAGUCUGGCAGAGACGUCCCUUGUCACUUAUCUGGGCUACAAGGGCAAUAUUCUUCAACAGAUCCUGUCAGUUGGAUUUUUCCUGGAAAUCUGCAACACAGUUCCUUUUAUUGUCACAGUUUGCUGGCCAGACUGGUCUGGGUUGUUUAUUCCCGUGUUCCUGAACUGUUGGCUGGCCAAGGAUGCUCUGGAAGAAAUGUUUGGUGACCUUCACCUAGUGAUGCAAAAGUCUCAUUCCGCUCUGUCUCAAAGGAUGAUGAUUCUGUGUGUGACUUUUGCUUGUUUGGUAUUUACAAGCAUGUGUGGUAUUCAGCACCUUCAGCGAGCAGGGAACCGCCAUCUUGAUUUGUUUGACUCGCUCUGGUUUGUGGUGGUUACGUUCUCCACAGUAGGAUUUGGAGACAUCACUCCAGAUAUCUGGCCCAGUCAGCUGUUCAUGAUCCUCAUGGUGGGGCUGUCGUUUGUGGUCUUGCCUAUACAGAUGCAGCAGCUGGCAUUCACUUGGAUAGAGCGUCAGAAGCAAGGAGUCACAUACAGCAGCAGACGUGCUCAGAAUGAGCUCCAUGUUGUUGUUUGUGCCACAGCACUGCAUACUGACACUAUCAUGGACUUUCUCAAUGAGUUUUAUGCCCACCCUCUGCUUCAGGAUUACUAUGUUGUCUUGCUGAGCCCGUGUGAACUUGACCCCAAUCUCAAGGCCAUCCUUCAAGUUCCUAUCUGGACACAGAGGGUCAUCUACAUCAGGGGCUCAGCGCUGAAGGAUGUCGACCUUUCCAGAUGCAGGAUGCAGGAUGCUGAAGCCUGUUUUAUCUUGGCUGAGCGCAGCUAUGCAGACAGAAAUGCAUCUGACCAGCACACCAUCCUGCGCUCCUGGGCUGUGAAGGACUUUGCCCCUAACUGUCCUCAGUAUGUGCAGAUCUUCAGACCAGAAAACAAGCUGCAUGUGAAAUUUGCAGAACAUGUGGUCUGUGAGGAUGAAUUCAAGCAUGCUCUCCUGGCCAACAACUGUCUCUCCCCGGCCAUCUCCACUCUAGUCACCCUGCUGUUACACACCUCCAGGGGGCAAGAGGGGCAGGCAUCCCAGGAGGAGUGGCAGAGGAUAUAUGGAAGAUGUUCUGGAAACGAGAUUUAUCACAUACGCCUAUCAGACAGCAGAUUCUUUGGAGAAUACGAUGGGAAGAGUUUUACUUAUGCAUCUUUUCAUGCUCACAGGAAGUUUGGUGUGAGCUUGGUGGCAGUGCAGCAAAACCUGCCAGGGUCCAAAAUCCUCCUGAAUCCAGGGCCGCGGCACAUCAUGAAAGCAACGGACACCUGCUUCUACAUGAGCCUGACCAAGGAGGAGAACUCGGCUUUCAUUCUUGCCAUUAGUGAUAAAGGUCCAAGGUCCACUACCAGGUUAAUUCCCCUGAGUGGACAGGCCACCAAGGUGGCUAGUAUUGUAGCACAAGUAGGCACUCUAGCGUUGGAGCUGCAGCACACCAGGUCUUCCACCAGUAUCAACACACAGGGCAAUGCCACCGAUGACCCCGAGAAAGGAAAUGUGGACCAAAGUAAAGGUACAGGCAGUUCCAGUCUCGUUCAUUGUGAAAAUUUCCCCUCCAUUUUUAUUUGCAUAACCAGUAAAAAAACAAAAAAAGCAUGUUUUUCCUUGCUGUUGUUGCUAAUGUAUUCAUUUUCAAGCUUUAAGUGUAAGUUGCUCAAAUGCCAACAACUAUUUCAUUUAGAACCUCUUCUAGGGGCAGGUUUGACUAUUCAAAGUCUGAACCGUCGCCCAAGUAUAGCGCCAGUCCCUGCAGUCCUGGAGGCCCAUGGGAUCAAUAUCACUGUGGACUCAGACUCUGAUACUGAGGCAGAGAGCCAGAUGACAGAUGAGACUGAUGGAUCAGACAUUUUCCCUGGAUUCCCCCCUGUUGCCCCAUACAUUGGUACCAGUCCCACCUUAUGUCACCUGCUGCGAGACAAAAGACAGCUGUGCUGCUUACAGCUUACUAAGGAGUGCCAGCACUGUAAGGCAGUGACAGCUAAUGACUACAACUGGAGUAGCAAGGUGAUCAUUCUGAUAGCAGACAAUGCCAGUGUGGGCAUCUAUAACUUCAUAGUGCCUCUCAGGUCACAUUUUAUACCAAGCAGCCAGCUACAUCCUAUAGUACUGCUGCUGGAAAGAAGACCAGAAGAGAAAUUUCAAGAAGUGAUCAGCUUCUUUCCUCUAGUGUACUGGAUGAUAGGAUCUAUGGACAGUAUUGAUGACCUGCUGAAGGCUGGUAUUAACAUGGCAGACAAUGUGGUGAUAGUGAACAAGGAGAGUUCCAACUCUGAGGAGGAUGACUACCUGGCAGACUGUAACACCAUUGUGGCUGUACAGACAAUCUUCAGGCUAUUCCCGAAUGCCAAUAUUAUAACAGAGCUCUCCCAAUCCUCCAACAUGCGCUUUAUGCAGUUUUUAGCCAAAGACAACUAUUCCCUCAGUCUCUCCAAAGUGGAAAAGAAAGAAAAAGAGCGGGGUUCCCACAUCUCCUAUAUGUUCAGACUGCCGUUUGCAGCCGGGAAUGUGUUCAGCGCCAGCAUGCUGGAUACCUUGCUCUAUCAGGCCUUUGUGAAGGAUUAUCUCAUCACUUUUGUACGUCUUCUACUGGGGAUUGAUCAGGCUGCAGGCUCUGGGCAUUUGUCCUGUAUGCGUAUUACAAGGGACCACAUGUGGAUCAGGACGUACGGCAGGCUGUAUCAGAAACUGUGUUCCACGACAUGUGAAAUACCCAUCGGAAUCUACAGGUCACAAACCCACCAGAUGCUACCUAUAUCAUCUACGUGUACCACACCUUUGAUCUCUCGUUCCUUGAAAACCAUGUCUGCUUCCUGUGAUAUUACUUCUAGUUGUAGACCCUCAAAAGGCACACCACCUUUAGCUUCAUUGGGACGGCUAGCCAACCAAAUGAUGGAGGACAGCGCCAGCAACCAAGUGGCCCAGGAACGCCAAGAAAUCGGCCAAAUGGUGAAGUGUCGUAUGAGAAGUCUGGGAAUGCCGCCUGAGGAAUAUGAUGAUACAAUGGAAAAAAGAGACCACAUUGCUUACGUCAUCAUUAAUCCUAGCUAUGAUCUGAAACUGGAACCAGAUGAUGUUGUAUAUUUGAUCAAACCAAGCUCCCUCUCGCCCAAGGCUUCCCCCUUGAUUGAUGAGCGCAAGUUAUCUUUGAGGAGACCAAGGAAAAGGCAGGAACCCACGGGAGCAGAUAAAGACAGCAUCGAGAAACAUGUACCAAAUAACGUUGGACCAGAGAAUAUGCAAGUUCCCACAGUGUCAGUGAGUGAUACAAGCAGUGCAGAGGGCAGCAGCUGUCAGGAGUCUGGGGUGAAAGGAACCAUUGUGUGAGCAGCAGAAAGAACACCUACAUUGUACAAGUACCUGUUUUAACGGUCUGCGGACUGCACAAAGUGGAUUACGUGGAGCAAGUUAGGGUUAUUGUUGUCACUGAGAUAAGGACAUGUUUGGGGAGAGUUCUUUGACUAUGUUUGGAGAUUUCAUAGAUUUUGCAAGUGUGGGUAUUUUCACAAUUAGCAGGAUUCUGAAUGAAUUAAUGCAAUUAGAUGAAAGUUUAUGUGAGAAUUGCAAUGGAGCAAAAGCCAUGUGUGAGUGCUGCCUGUUUUAAUUGUGCAGACGAGUUCAAAGGCAUGUGUAAGCAGUCUACAAAAGAUAUUGCCUCUGCCAGAAAUAAAAGGAAUUUUUACUUUUGAUGAUAUACAGACAUCACAGAGUGUCUGUGUAUAUCUAGAUCACUUUUGUCUGCUCGUGUCUUGCUGUUGCUUUAUUUUUCAAUUUCCUGAGGAGUAUUGUCGAAAUAGUGGAAGUGAAGUAUAAGCUGAAAAAUCAAUAUUAUUUGGGUUUUUUCAAAAAGCCUUAUCAAACUUGUUACAUUUUUUAUACAUACUGGUAUAAUAUGUAAUUCAUCUCACAAGAGGCACUUGGAUUAUAUAAUGUUAUUGGGUGAGUGUAACAUAAAUUAUUCUUUUUGCAGAAGUUGUCUAACUUUUUGUGAAAGUUUGAAUAUAUUUGUGCUGUUGACCCCAUAGAUGCCAAUUUUUUAAAAAUUUUAAUUGAAAUGUUUGUAUCACAAAAAAUAUACGUCCAGAUAAAAAUAGUAAUUACAAAUUCUCCUUUUUUCAUAUGGACUGUUUUGUAUUUAGAAUUUGACUCUCUCCACAUGCAUAUACCCUUACAUAAGUAUAUGUUCUCCAUGUCACCUGACAAUCCAUCCUAGCUUGAUAAGAUUCUACCCGUCUUCUCUACCACAAUCAAUCCUGUUGUGAUAAAACCUCUUCUCUAACACAAUAUCUCUGUGAUAAAUCCUCUUCUCUAACACAAUUAGUGCUGUUGUCAUCAAUCCCGCUCACUGUCACAUAUAUGAGAUAAAUUGAGAUUGUGUCAUUGUGUGAAAAAUGUAUAAAAUUGAUUAGCAUGAUUUGAGCAUGAAAUGUUUUUAGUUGCAGUGCUAUGUAUUUGUAUUUGGUCAGAAAACCAGUACCCCAUGUGAUGUGCAACCCCAGGUUUUAGUAAAAAUUGUUUCCAUGUCCUCUGCAAAAAAAAAAUGCAGAUCAGUUUGAAAACCAGCAGUCUUGCAGGUAUUUCAGUAUCACUCGCCCUUAAGCUGUCACACCACAUUUUUUCUUUACAUCUGCUAGUAUUUUUUCUAUGUUUGAAAGGGGUUCAAAUUCUAAAAGGAAGAUUGGAUUUUAUGCCAAAAUAUGUAUGGAAUUACCUCUAAAACCUAAAGAAUAAUCAUGACUUUGUAGGAGCUUGCAUUGGCUUGAUAAGAAGUAAGAAUAUUUCAUUUGUUGAUGUGAGAAUUUUCAGUCUCAUUAAUUUUUUUUUAAUUAUGAACCUGAUCUUUGCCUAGAUUUCUUGGAAGUUCUCUCGUUGGUUUUGGUUUAAUGUGUCUGUAUAUCAGUCAGCCUUGCUGUCUGAUUUAAUUUUCUAUGAGUCUUUUUGAAAAUCUACGUAACAGCUGUUGAUAUCAAAAAUACUUUUAAACUUAUUUGCAAGGUAUGUUUUACCAGAUAUUGGAGGGCGUGGCUGAUCCCCCGAGUCACAACUUGUGAGAUGAUUGCAUUUUUGCACAAAAUUUAAAUAAAAACUAAGUUAUGGAUUUAAUUGCCAUACAUAUUUCUAUGAUUUGCAGCAGCAGAAACAUAUUGCAGUAUGUGUAGUUGUCUGUAGUAAUAAUAUAUAGAUUUUGUAUAUGUCUCCUCAUAUUGAUUUUGUAUAAUUUCAAGAUUUAUAAUUUUCUGAUUUUUUUUUUUUUUAGCCUGGCUUACUUUUUAGAAUUUUUGCUUUCAGAAAAAAAUAUCAUUUCUUGUACUUUGUUAAGAUUAAAAGAGGAUUUGUGAUAUAUAACACAGUGAUUCAUACUUUGUAUUUCAUUUUGUUUAUCUGUGCUGUAUUAUCAGAAACUACGCACUUGUUAUUUUUAUUUGUAAGGGACAACAUUCUUUCUUGUGAAUUCAGGUUAGUCUGGAGGCUAAACCUGAUAAAAAAUGGACCAAAUUAAGUUAAUAUAAAAUAUAGAAAAUAUUUUUUAAAGUAUUUUUCCUUAUUUAGCUUAACUUGGAACAAUUUGAAGCCAUUUAUGUAAUGUCUCUAUUUCAAAAUGUGAUGUUUUUGUGAUUGCACUUUUGUGAAAUUGAAAUACUUAUAUAAACGGAAUGGGUAACAUAAUAAAGGAUGCUAAAAUAAGGAUUAAUUUCUAGUUAAAAUGUGUUUUACACCUUUGGGUUUUUAUGAACAGACACCAGGUAUGCACCCACCUUCCUUUUCACCCCCCCUUCAAUUGUUCUUUUAUUAUAGUGAAAUUAAAUUUGAUUUUUUAUCAUUUUAAUUAUGCAAAAAUGCCGUUGGUAUACAUGGUUCUGUGUCUUAUUAACGCCUUUAAAUAAUGCAUUCUUUGGGUGUCCAUUUUGUCACUAGAACUGCCUUUUUCUUACCGUAAUUAAUGUGGAACAUAUAUAUGGUCAGAUUUCAUUUGUUAGUUUUGUUUUUUAAUGAAGAGUAAAUUUAAUGCAGGAUGCUGAUGUGACUUUGUACAAGGAUCUUACAAAGCAACUUAUCUUUGAUUUUCUUCAGUAACAUUUAGGUUGAUUUAUUCAGUAUUGCAGGCCUUCAAGUCCAGAUGUGAAAAUGAACUACAAAUAUGUUUAUAAGUAAAAUAUAAAACAAAAAUGUAAUCAUUACAUCUUAAUGAAGAUUUUCCAAAGCAGAAUUUUAUAUUAAACAUUGUGUAUUGUGUUAUGAAUGUGAUAUAAACAUUUCUUGCAUUUUAUUAUAAUACUAUUGGUUUUUCACAAACUUUCUAAACAUAUCAGUUUUCAAUUAAAAUGUAAGAUGUCUAUCUCUGCACUAACCGCAGUGAUAUCUGUUAGCUAAUCUCUUAAUUAAUAAAAUUACUCGUACUAUU